AUGAUGCGCGGGGUGAAUCUGUUCGGGAGGACAAAGAAGUCUUCCAAAGGCGCGGCUACCACAACCCCUGGGAGGGUUACUGCAGCUACAACGCCAGAGCAACGAGGAGGGCAGACUGCGGUCUCCCACGGUCACGGCCGCAGCAGCUCUACACAACAGCCACAGGCACCUCCCGGCUACGCGCCGCCGCAGAGGCCGCCCAAGCGAGUUGAGUCGCCGCCGGCUUUGCCGCUGCCGCUCACGCCCGAGCCACGCCUCCUGCGGCUCUUCCCCGAGUACGAGGCCUACGACGAUGCCGUCGACCGUCAGUACCACCACCACCACCACCAGCACAACAGACGCGAGGAGCACCCCCAGCACCAGCACCAGCAGAAGCAGCAGCCGGGCGGCCAUCAUCAAAGUCAAAGCGCCUCCGCCGCGCCUUUGCUGCCCAUCAAGCAGGAGGUCAAGCAGCUGCCCGAUGGCGAGAAGGGGCUGGAGAACAACCAGGGCCAGUACAACUGCUUCAUCAACGUCGUCAUCCAGGCCCUGUGGCACCUCACCGCGUUCCGGGAGCGAUUCGUCAGGGGCGGGUCGGGAGGGCACGACCACUGCUGUCCGGGUCCCGACACGUGCGUGCACUGCGCGCUGCAGGCCAUAUUCGUGGAGUACCAGUUCUCGGAGCAGGCCAUCAUCCCGCCCACCGCGCUUCGCCAGUCCCUCGCCGUCCUCUACAAGGACGAGUCGCGCUUCCAGAUGAACCAAAUAGACGACGCAGCCGAAGCCCUCGAGGCCAUCCUCGAUCGCCUCCACCACACAGAGCGCGCCCAAAAGGACAAAAACGCGGAUCCGGCCGCGCUGGAGAAGAAGGCGUGCCCGUGCCUGGUGCACAACGCAUUCGGGGUGCGCACCAUGGACCUCCUCCGCUGCGACACGUGCUCCGCCACCACCGAGCCGAAGGCCACUUCGCUGUUCGUGGCCUACGCCUACACGUACGCUCUGCGCGAGGCCCGCGCCAAGGCCGGCAACGAAACCGGCAAAGGCAGUAGUAGUAGCUACUCCUUCUGCCAAUUCUUCCAGAGGGCCGCCCAAGAGGACCGCCGCUGGUGCCCCAACGCCGCCCGCUGCAACAAGAUGUGCGUGGUGGAGCACCACCUGCUGUACCUGCCCAAGGUCUUCAGCGUUGGUUUGGUGUGGCCUUCGGUGGAGGGCGCGCCGGUGGACGAGAUCGCGGAGGUGAUGGACAUGAUCACGAUGCAGAUCGACCUGAGCAACAUCUUCAUCACCAACACGGUCAUCGGGCGGUACCUGCAGCAGGAGAAGAAGUCGCACCUCCACGCCAGCGGGACCAGCGGUUCCCUGCACGAUUCGCUCCUCGGCUCGGGCGUGUUCGACAGCAUCGCCCUCGACACCGUCCCUGGCGGCGACGGCGAGAAGUCAACGAGGGCCACCGCCAACGCCAACGUCAGUGGCAAGAAGCAGCGCGGCAAGCGUGUCAAGUGCAUCUACGAGCUGCGGGGCAUGAUCUGCUACUACGGCCAGCACUACAACUGCUACUUCAACAGCCCCGCCACCGGCCAAUGGUACGUGUUCGACGACGUCAUGGUCAAUGCCGUCGGCUCCACGUGGGCCGCCGUCAAAGGUUUUUGA